AUGCUUCAAUUGGGUGACAGGUUACCGGUGGGGUUCGAUUUCAGAUAUAUUGCCUCCAGCAAUUCGGAGGAUCCAAGCUGUAAGUUCCCGGUGGUGUUGAAGAUCGAUGACAAAUUAUUGGCAGGGAAAACUAUUGUUAUGGUGGCAGUCCCGGCAGCGUUUUCUCCAACAUGUUCUGACCUUCAUAUUCCGGAAUUCUUAUCGGAUCUUCCGAGAUUCCAAAAGAAGGGCAUUGAUUUGGUAGUGGUGCUCUCCAAUAACGAUGCGUUUGUGAUGGAUCACUGGAAGAAGCUGUUGAUAAGCACCACCAACGUGGACUUGGCCAAUUAUAACUUCGACAAGCAAACUUUAGGUAAGGGAAGAACUCAAGUGUUGUUUGCCAGUGAUUCCAACACCGAAUUUUCUACGGCCAUUGGGUUUACUCAAGAUUCGACCAAGAUGGGGAUGGGGUUGAGAACUAGCAGGUACGCGAUCGUCGUCAAGAAUGGGGUGGUUGCCUAUUGCAAAAGGGAAACCAAGCCUGGGGUCACAGUGUCUGGGUCUACUACGGUCCUCAGUAAGCUAUAA